CAUUGUACAAUGACAAUAAAGAUUCUGUUUAUGAAAGUCUGGAAGAAACUCAGAUGACAUGAUCUUUGCUUCACACCACACAUGUUGGUCUGUUCUUUCUCUGUAUAACUGUGCAUUACAUUUAUUUAAUUCUGCUUUAAAAAUGUGGAAAUCAAAAGACUGAAAGAGAAAGUAUAAUUAUUUAACUUCCAAGUAUCAAUACAGGACAAUUUGAAAAUAUAGAAAAUAUCUUCAGUGUUUUUAGUUUGUAUUUAUGAAUUAUGCAUUUAAUGUGCUUUGUUUUCCUUUAUUUCAUAUUUAAAUGGCUGUUUCAUUCAUCAGUUACAUUAUUUUUUUCCCUCUACAUAUGGGGGAUAGAUGUAUUGCUCGUUGCUGUUUGUGUCAGUGCAGACAGAUAAUUACGAAUCACACAGAUGAAUACUGAGGCUGGAAACCUUUCAGACCUACACAGAGUAAUAACACUGAUGUUAGCUUCCUGUCUGUGCUCUGGAGUUGGUCUAUAUCACAGCGCUGUUUGUCCAUGACACGAUGAUGACAGCAGUUACUGAGUCGUUGAUUAAAAUGACGAUAAUGAGGAUGGUGAUGAUGAAAAUGUCACUGUGGUUUCUGCUGCUUGACCUCUCUGUGAACUCUGCUGCUGCUGGACCAGGCAGCUGUGUGGGUCGCUGUGGUGAGGUUUUCACCAGAGGACGACAGUGUACCUGUGACUUCAGCUGCCUGCAGCAUCACGAGUGCUGCCAGGACUUCGAGGCUACCUGCACCACUGCUCAGUCCUGUCAGGGUCGCUGUGGUGAGCCGUUCAGACGUGGUCAGCUGUGUGAGUGUGAUCCCCAGUGCACCCGCCACAACACCUGUUGCCAUGACUACCAGCUACACUGCGACGCCGGCGUGUCGCCGUCGCAGCCCGGGACUCUGCAGCCCGGGACUCUGCAGGCUCUGAGGGCCGCUGCUCCAGUCUCUUCCUCAGGUAAUGGAAAAUCACAGAAGAGCAAAAAAAAGUCCAACAGUGAGAGUGAGGAGUUGUUAAAAGGUGUGAGUACCAUCUCUGGGGGUCUGCAGCCAGUGUCCAUCCCCUCCUCUCGCAGUGGAUCUCCAGUCUCCCCAACACCUCUGAGUGCUCUGCCCAGCUACAGUGCUCUCUCUCAGGGUGGCAGGGCCCCUGUGAGCCCCUCUGGUCCUGGAGCUGUUGGUGGUGAAGUGAAUGGUCACCCGAUGCAGUCACCUGGGGGGGCGCCUCAACGCAGCUCAAUUCAAGGUCUGACAGGAUCCAGGCCCAGCACUCUGCAGGAUGUAGUCCAAGCCUUGGGGCUGUCUGUGAUGGAUGUAGUCCCUGAAGAACCAGGUGCAGGACUGUUUGCUGAUGCAGACUUAUGCAGUGAUACUCCCAUCAGUGGACUGACAGCUCUCAGCAAUGGGACCAUGUUGAUAUUUAAAGGUGAGCUGUUCUGGUCAGUCGACCCUGUCAGUCGCUCGGUUGGUCAACCACAGAGAAUCACAGACACUCUGGGCGUCUCCUCUCCCAUCGAUGCUGUCUUCACUCGCUGCAGCUGCAGCAGAAACACCUACAUCAUCAAGGGAGACCAGUACUGGAGUUUAGAUGAGAACAUGGCUGUGGAACCAGGCUUUCCCAGACCUUUGACCUCAGAGUUCCCAGGUCUGACAGGACCCAUCAGAGCUGCGCUGGCAGUCCCAGCCACCAAGACCAGACCAGAGACUGUGUACUUCUUUAAGAACGGAGACAUCAUGCAGAGCUUCACCUUCCCAUCAUGCAGCACCAAACCCAGGAGCCCCCUGAAGAGACGCUCACCUCCCCAGGCGGUUCUUCAGAGCGGAAACAUCAACAUCAGAGUGUCUCUGAAUGGAUUCCCCACCCCAGUGUCCUCUGCCCUGUCCAUGCCCAGCCCCGACAGCAGCAACAGAUUCUACCACUACAUCUUCUCUGGACCGCUCUACUUCAGAGUCCAGAUCGUAGGUGACCUGCCGGCACUGGCCAAACCUGACCCAUCCUCAGCCCUCGCACCCCUGCCCAUCUUCAGCCCUGCCGCCAUGCCAACCAACUCUGCCAACAUGGCCACCCAGAACCCCAACCCUACCUACCCAGUCAACUCCAUCACUGUGUGGCUGCGCUGCCCCUAGAAACACUCUGAGGGGGAGACGGCGGAGGCGCUGCUCUGGUGUUUCUGCUUCAGCAAAACUUCUGCUCAGUUAACACGUCUGCUUCAUUACAGGAAGUCAUCCACCAACAUCUUCCAGUUCCAGGAAGUGUUUGUAACAAAAGUCCAUCCCAAAUGUUAAGUGUCUUACCCUUCACUGUUAACACCCACUAUGACUCCCACCUUCUUCAUUUGCUGUUGAUACUUCACCUGCCACCAAAACAGCUCCAACCUGAUGACACACAGAACUUCCCUGUGAAGGUCCCUGUGCUGUCUCUGCAGUUUAACUACCAACUUCUACUGGACUGAAAACAGUUUGAAAGUGACAGGUUCUAUCUGGCCAGAACUGGUCCUCCAGUUCUUUCAUUAUUGGGUCCAGUAUCUUCAUUACCCCUCUCUAUGUCUGAUAUGUUUUGUGAUGAAGUCUGUAACAUAUAAAAUGUAUCAGAUUAGUUUUGUCCGAACCAACAAAGAUAAUCAUCUUACAGGAAGAUAAAGGUGAGUAAAGGGGUCACAGAGAAGAAUCUGAAUGACUCAUUAUUCAUCUUUAUUAUUAAAACAAACAGCACAGUGAAGAAACUAACCAGCGCUGCUCUCAUCAAUACAUGUAAAACAAAAUGACACAACUACAACUGGAUUCACUGACAGUAUCAGAGCAAGGAUCUCACACACACACAUCUCUCACAUCAUCUCUGUACUGGUGUGAUUAUUGAUUAUGGAUUGGACAGAGGAUUCACUGAUAGACACACGGUUUCAGAAGUCAACAAAAAAAAUGAUGUGGGAAUGAAUCGUCUUUUCCUCGCCGGAUGAGAUGACUGAAUCAGGCGAUGCCCCCUCUGCCCAUGCCCCCCCCUCUUCCUCCUCGAGAGAAGGUUCCUGAAAACAAACACAGGGAGAAGAAGAGAGAUCAUGUGUUGUGUUCAUGGUGAUGUUCCUGUAAUGUCUGUACUGCUGCUUACUGCACCUCAAUAAACAGCUCCAUCAUA